AAUACAAUGAACAAAAAUAACUACACCUACACAAACGUAAAUCAACUGUAAAAGUCUAAAAAAAAUUUACCUUUAAAGGGAGACUUUUUCCCAUAAGAUUUUAAUUGUAAUUAUGGAGAACAGAGUGGUAUUGGUUUUAUGUAUUAUAGUUUCAUAUUGUUCAAAAGUUUCAUUGGCAAAAUGUAGCAAUGGUGAUACAACUGCCCCUUAUCCUGGAGACUGUACAAAGUUCUAUAUGUGCCCUGGAAACUUUGUAAUUUCCUGCGUAGGUGGUACUCACUAUAAUCCAGAAAAACGUUACUGUGAUUGGCCUAGCAAUGCCGGUUGUCAAACAAAUGACCAACCAAUACCAUCUGAAAAAUCUGCUGAGCAAUCUGUGAAACCUUCAGAACCACCUGUGACUCCUACUGAGACACCCUCAAAUCCACAGAAUUUAUCUGUUAAUUCUCGAGACCCAUCUCUGAGACCACCUAGUUCAAAUGAAUCUCCAGAAUUACCUGUGAGACAUUUAAGUCCAUCUGUAAACCUUGCUGAGACACCUUUAAAUCCACAGAAUCCAUCUGUUUAUUCUCGAGAUCCAACACUGAGACCACCUGGUUCAAAUGACUCUCCAGAAUCACCUGUGAAACCUCCAAGUCCACCUGUAAACCUCUCACAUACACCUUUAAAUCCACAGAAGCCAUUUUUUAAUUCUCGAGACCCAACUCUGAGACCACCUGGUUCAAAUGAAUCACCAGAAUUGCAUGUGAGACCUCCAAGCCGACCUGUAAAUCCUCCUGAGGCACAUUUAAAUCCACCGAAUCCAUCUGGUAAUUCUCGAGACCCAACUCUAAGACCACCUGGUUCAAAUGAAUCUCCAGAAUCACCUGUGAGACAUCCAAGCCCACCUGUAAACCCUCCUGAGGCACCUUUAAAUCCACCGAAUCCAUCUGGUAAUUCUCGAGACCCAACUCUAAGACCACCUGGUUCAAAUGACUCUCCAGAAUUACCUCUGAGACAUCCAAGUCUAUCUGUAAACUCUGCUGAGACACCUUUAAAUCCACAGAAUCCAUCUGUUUAUUCUCGAGAUCCAACACUGAGACCACCUGGUUCAAAUGAAUCUCCAGUAUCACCUGUGAAACCUCUAAGUCCACCUGUAAACCUCCCACAUACACCUUUAAAUCCACAGGAGCCAUUUGUUAAUUCUCGAGACCCAACUCUGAGACCACCUGGUUCAAAUGAAUCACCAGAAUUGCAUGUGAGACCUCCAAGCCGACCUGUAAACCCUCCUGAGGCAUAUUUAAAUCCACCGAAUCCAUCUGGUAAUUCUCGAGACCCAACUCUAAGACCACCUGGUUCAAAUGAAUCUCCAGAAUCACCUGUGAGACAUCCAAGCCCACCUGUAAACCCUCCUGAGGUACCGUUAAAUCCACUGAAUCCAUCUGGUAAUUCUCGAGACCCAACUCUAAGACCACCUGGUUCAAAUGAAUCUCCAGAAUUACCUUUGAGACAUCCAAGUCUAUCUGUAAACCCUGCUGAGGCACCUUUAAAUCCACAGAAUCCAUCUGUUUAUUCUCGAGAUCCAACACUGAGACCACCUGGUUCAAAUGAAUCUCCAGAAUCACGUGUGAAACCUCUAAGUCCACCUGUAAACCUGCCACAUACACCUUUAAAUCCACAGAAUCCAUUUGUUAAUUCUCGAGACCCAACUCUGAGACCACCUGGUUCAAAUGAAUCACCAGAAUUGCAUGUGAGACCUCCAAGCCGACCUGUAAACCCUCCUGAGGCAUAUUUAAAUCCACCGAAUCCAUCUGGUAAUUCUCGAGACCCAACUCUAAGACCACCUGGUUCAAAUGAAUCUCCAGAAUCACCUGUGAGACAUCCAAGCCCACCUGUAAACCCUCCUGAGAUACCUUUAAAUCCACCGAAUCCAUCUGGUAAUUCUCGAGACCCAACUCUAAGACCACCUGGUUCAAAUGAAUCUCCAGAAUCACCUGUGAGACCUCCAAGCCCACCUGUAAACCCCCCUGAGAAACCUUUAAAUCCACAUACUCCAUUUGAUAAUUCCCAAGACCCGCCUCUGAGACCACCUGGCGCAGAUGAACUUGAUGUCCAACCUUUAGAAGUUGAUGAACUAGUGUACUUACCUAUUCGAGCUGUGAGAGCUUCGAAACUUCCUGUAAGACUUCUGGAUCCUUUUGAACCAAAUGCGCAGUUUUUAUUUGCCUCAUACCAUACAGAAUCACCUGCGAGUCCUCCAAUCCCACCCGUAAACCCUCCUGAGAGACCUUUAAAUCCACAGAAUCCAUCUGUUAAUUCUCGAGACCCCACUCUGAGACCACCUGGUUCAAGUAAAUCUCUAGAAUUCCCUGCGAGUCCUCCAAGUCCAUCUGUAAACCCUCUUGACAAACCAUUAAGACCGCAAAGUCCAUUUGUUAAUUCUGAAGACCCAACUCUAAGACCAUCUGGUUCGAAUCAAUAUCCAGAAUCACCUGUGAGACCUCCAAGCCAAGCUGCAAACCCUCAUGAGACACUUUUAAAUCCACAAAAUCCAUUUGUUAAUUAUCGAGACCCAACUAUGAGACCACAAUCACCUGCGGGUCAUCCAACUCCAUCUGUAAACCCUCCGAAGAUACAUUUAAAAUCACAGAAUAAUUCAUCUUUUAUUCCACCUUCAUUGGUAAAAUGUCGCGAUGGUGAUAUAACUGCCCCUUAUCCUAGGGACUGUACAAAGUACUAUAUGUGCCCUUUAGACUUUGUAAUUUUCUGCGUAGGUGGUACUCACUAUAAUCCAGAAAAACGAAUUUGUGAUUUUCCUAGCAGUUCCGGUUGCCAAACAAAUGACCAACCAAUACCAUUUGCAAAAGCUUCUGGAAAUAAAUCAACCAUAAAAAUAUCAAAAUUCAUACCUACAAAAUCAAUUUUUUCUCAUGACGUGACAUUUUUAGACAUGAAUAACAAAGUGAUAUUAGUAUUAAGUAUUCUAGUCUCAUAUUGUUCAAAAGCUUCUGUGGCACAAUGUGGUAAAGGUGAUAGGUCGGCCCCUCAUCCAAAAGAUUGCACAAAGUAUUAUUUGUGCCCUGGAGACUAUGAAAUGUCUUGCGGAUUUGGAACACACUUUAAUCCACAACUACAAUUAUGUGAUUGGCCGCCCAAUGUCGGUUGCAAAAUGAAGGAACCUAUUACACCUCCAAAACAAAUCGACCGAGAUUUUGAACCUUCAGGCCCACCUGUGAUACCUUCUGAGCCAAGUUCGUCUAUUAUUCCUACUAAGUCACCUGUAGAACCAUCGAGACCAUCUAUAAAACCUCCAGAGCUAUAUGUUGGACCUCUUGCUCCAUCUGUUAAACUACCAGGACCACCAAUUGAUCUAACACAACCACCCGUUAAAUCUCCGAUCCCACCUGCAGACCCACCAGAGUCGUCUUUUAAACCCCCAUGGCAGCCUAUAGAUAUUUCAGGUCCACCUGUGAUACCGUAUGAGCCGGGAUUGCCUGUGAUACUUACUAGGGCACCUGUAGAACCAUCAAUAGAAUAUAUAAAACAUCCAGAGUUACCUGUUAUUGAACCUCCAGGUACACCUGUUAAACCAUCGAUACCACUAAUUAAUCCUUCUCAACCACCUGUGAAAUCUCCGAUCCCAGCUGCAGAUAUACCAGAGUCACCUGUUAAACCUCCAGAUACACCUGCUAAACCAUCAGGACUACAAAUUGAAUCAACACAACCACCUGUGAAAUCUCCGAUCCUAUCUGCAGACCUGCUAGAAUCGUCUUUUAGACCUCCAGGACAGCCUCUCAAUUUUUCAGGUUCACCUGUGAUAUCUUCUGAGGCGGACUCACUUGUGAUACUUACUAAGCCACCUAUGGAACCUAUGGAGUUACCUGUUGAACGUCCAGGUACACCUGUUGGAGCACUGGGACCAUCAAUUGAUCCUUUACAACCACCUGUAAAAUAUCCGAUUCUACCUGCAAGCCUGGAAGAGUCGCCUGUUAAACCCUCAGUACAACCUAUAGGUCUUCCAGAUACAACCGUAUCUUCUGAGCCUGUUUUGCCUGUGCUACUUACUCAGCCACCUGUGAAACCAACGAUACCAUCUAUAAAAGGUCAAGAGUCACCUGUUAAACUACCGGGACCCCCAACUGAUCCGUUACAACCACCUGUGAAAUCUCCUAUCCUGCCUGCAGAUUUACCAGAGUCAUCUAUUAAAUUCCCAGUACAGCCUAUAGGUCCUCCAGGCCCACCUGUAUCUUUUGAGCCUGGUUUGUCUGUGGUAUUUAUUAAGCCACCUGCGGAAGUAAUGAUACCAUCUAUAAAAUAUCCAGAGUCACCUUCUGAACCUCCAGGUACAGCUGUUAAUUUACCGGGAUCUCAACUCGAUCCUUCACAACUACCUGUGAAAUAUCCGAUCCCACUUGGAGACCUAUCAGAAUCGUCUCUGGCUGUGGUACCUCUUGAUCCUACUGUAAAAUUUCUGGAUCCGACACAGUUCAAACCUUCGGUACCAUCUGAGAUACCUCCUCUGGGUUCGCUUAUAGUACCGUCUGAGCCAGAUAAGAAACUUUCAUCGGAACCAGAUAUAAAUCUCCUGGAUCAGAUGCAAAAACUUCAAGAUCAAUUGAACUACCUGCGAAACCAAAUAGAAAAGUUUAGGGCAACAGCUAGCAAGAUAAAAACCAGUAACCAUUUAUAUUUUAAAAUGUGAAGAUUUUAAUUUUGUCGAUGAACAGUUACUAAUUAAAAACAUACCUAUACUAUAGACAUAUGUAUACAGAGUGGGCCAAAGAAAAGAGUACACCUCGAUAUUUGUCAGUAGUUACUAAAUUGUAAGAGAUUGCCGAAAUAGGUCGAUUUUUAUUUUCAAAUUACAAUUUUUUGAUAUAUAUUUCAUACUGGUGACGUCAUCCAUCUGGCUGCGUUGACGUAAUCGAUGAUUUUUUUAAAUGGGGAUAGGGGUCGUGUGAAAGCUCAUUUUAAAGGGUAUUCAGUUCUCUAUUCAGUAAUAUUAACAUUAAUAUCAUUAUUAUUUAUACAGGGUGGCCAAAACAAUAAUUGUUGAAUUAAAUUAAUUGACACCACAAGACGAAUUUAUGUAAUUUAUUUAACUCAAAAUACAUUCUAUUGCUGUCGGAAAAUAGAAAAAAAGGUUUAUUUGGCAAAUAGUUCAGAGAAAUAAGGAAAAAAAAUAUCGUGUUGGUGACACAUCCCCCUCCAGGCUGAAACCAAAUUUUUCGAGUAAUAUGGUCAUCUAUAAUAAUAACCUAUAUGUUUCCUGCAGCCGAUUUUGAUGAUAUACAUAAUUAUAAACAAAUGAAGAUCAAAAAACGGUAAAUUUUCGCUUUUUUCGUCUCUUACUAAAAAAUUGGGCAUUUUAAACAAAUUUGAGAGUAAUAAUCUCAUAAACCGUAUAAAAACUUCAAUAUGGCGUUCGCUGAAUAUGUCUAUCCUUAUUGGUUACUUAGAAAAUUGCCAAAUAAAUCAUAAAUUUUGAGUUUCUAUAAAUAUUCAUAACUUAUGUAAAAAUUAACUUAGAACCUUCUUAUUACAUGGAAUGCUGAGACUUAUGGUGCUUAAAUUACACCCUAAAUUCCAAAGCAAUUGCUCAAAUAGUUUAAAAGUUAUUUAAUUUGUUUAUCCAAAAUUAAUUUUUUUUGCAACAUUGUAAGUCAGAAAAUGAUGAAGUCACAGUAAUAUUUUGGAUAGUUUAUGAAAGAAGAAAAUUUACAGUAUUAAUUUAAUUUAAAAAAAAUGACAAAAAAUAAUUAUAGAUAUUGCAAAAUAAUUUUGCAAAAACAUGUGAAUUAAAAAAUUGGGGGGGCUAACUUUGUCCCUAAAUGUCCUAGAACAGUUGUUUUUCUUUCUAAAUGUGUAUAAAAAUUCAGUCUUUCUAAAUAUGAAAAAAUAAUUUUUCUACGGGUAACGGUUAAAAAGUUAUUCUAAUUGUUUAUAAGUAAGCAAAAAAUGGACAUGUUUUUGCAAAAUAAUUUUACACUGUUUAAAAUUAUUUUUUGUCAUUUAUUUUUAAUUAAGGUAAUAGUAUAAAUGUUCUUCUUUCAUAAACUGUCCGAAGUAUUAUUGUAACCUCAUAAUUUUCUGACUUAUAGUGUUGCAAAAAAAAUGAAUUUGGGAAAAAUAAAUUAAAUAACUUUUAAAAUAUUUGACCAAUUGCUUUGAAAUUUAAAAUAUAAUUUAAGUACAAGAAGUCUCGGCAUUCCGCGUAAUAAGAAGAUUCUAAGUUAAUUUUUACCUAAGUUACGAAUAUUUAUAAAAACUCAAUAUUUAUGAUUUAUUUUGCAAUUUUCUAAGCAACCAAUAAGGUUGGACAUAUUCAGCGAAUGCCAUAUUGAAGUUUUUUAUACGAUUUAUGAGUUUCUUACUCUUAAAUUUGUUUAAAGUGCUUAACUUUUUGGUAAUAGACGAAAAAAGCGAUAAUUUGCCGUUUUUCGAUCUUCAUUUGUUUAUAACUAUGUAUAUCAUCAAAAUCGGCUGCAGGAAACAUAUAGGUUAAUAAUAUAGAUGUCCAUACUACUCAAAAAAUUUGGUUUCGGCCUGGAGGGGGAUGUGUCACGAGAAAAACCUUAUUUCUCUGGACUAAAAUAAACGUUGCUUUUCGCUUAAAUUAAAUGUUCAAACUGCCAAAAGGUUGGUUGGGAGGCUGUGAUUUAAUUUAAUAUAAGCGAAAAAAUUGUUUAUUUGUAAAAUAAACAUUUUUUUAUAUUUUCUGACAGCAGUACAGUAUUCUGAGUUAAAUAAAUUACAUACAUUCUUCCUUUUGCUACAAUUAAUUCCAUUCAAAAAAAAAUUUAUGUCACCCUGUAUAAAUAAUGAUAUUAUUGUUUAUGUUACUGAAUAGAGAAUUAAACAUUAUUUCAAAUGAGCUACCACACGACCCCUAUUCCCAUUUAAACAAAUCAUUGAUUGCGUCAUCACACUCAGAUGGAUGACGUCACUAGUAUGAAAUACAUGCCAAAUAAUUGCAAUGUAAAAAUUAAAAUCGAGCUGUUUCGGCAUUUCCUCAAAGGCGUAGCUACCGUCGUAUCAAUCGUAUCAAUUAUACGGGGCCCCCGACAUUCAGGGACCCCAGCGCGUCAUGUCGAAACAAAAGUUCCAUUUAACAAAAAUUGAACAAAAUAUUCCACAAUUUUACUCUUAAAACGCUUUGAAACAGUGUGUAUUGUUUGGAUAUCGACAUUUUCGUGUAAUGGAUUCUUUAUAUAUCUUAUUAUAAAUUGUAUAUACCUAUGUAUAUACAAUGUCAAGAGCCAAGCUCGCAUUCCACAACAAAACGACAAGCCAACAAGUGCAAUGUAAAUUUUAGUGCUCUAUUUAUGUAAUGUUUAUUAUUAUUAAAAGUGCUUAUUGAAAAUGGCAUGUAACCGAAACGUUUAAGCCAUAACAAAGUGUUUUAUUUAUAAGACCGAAAAACCCAGGAAUUAAAAAGUUUCUAUUUAAAAAUUCACGGUCAGGAAAUAACAAAACUAUAUAUACCUAUGUAUAUCUAUUUGCCGCCGCUCGCGGUUAUUUCAUAAAAACACAGCUUUUUUGUUUUCAAGCUACUUUUCUUUGUCCAUUCACCGUUGGCUAAGUGUGAGACACUGUAUAAUGUAUAAUGCCAGAUUGCAAUUUUUGUAAUCGCUAUACCUUUGAAUAUUUUUGAAACAGUACCUAUUGUUUGGGUACCUUCUGGGGUAUACAUUUCUACGGGUUUCGAGGUAACCUGGUUAGAGCAAAUAAUACUGACAUUAAUCUCACAUACAAUGUAUGUGAGGUACCACAGGGGUUAGUAUUGGGUCCUCUACUUUUUCUUGUCUUUAUAAAUGACAUCACUAAUUUAAAAGUCGAUGGAAACAUUUUUCUUUUUGCUGAUGAUACGAGUAUCACUUGGAGCAACUCAAACAUUGCAACUCUUCAUGCAACUAUAGUUUCUGAUCUACUUAAAAUAAAAAUCUGGUUCGACCCUAAUUUACUCUCUUUUAAGGUGGAUAAGACAGUAGCAUUAUUCAGCCAUUGCUUCUUAAUAACAGCCAUAUUAGUACCGUUGAUUCAGUAAAAUUACUUGGUAUUUUUUUAGACAGCAAACUAAAGGGUCCCUUCUUAUCGGUUUGUUAAGUAAGAAACUCCCCUCAGCUUUCUAUGCAAUAAUAUCUGUUUCGAAAGAAAUCAAUUUAGCAUCUUCGAAAAUAACAUAUUUUUCUUUGUUCGAGUCUGAUCUUCGAUAUGGUCUUCCUUUUUGGGGUUCUAGUACAGCUACCGAGUCCGAUAUUAUUUUUAAAUUACAAAAAAGAGCAAUUAGGUAUCUGUUUUAAUACCUUAGUGAAGCUCAAUACAACAACACUUUGCAGAAGCUACUUGUUUGUUUGCUUAAUUUGUAAACACCAAAGUACAUCUCUAUCUAGCUAUACCUAACAAUGACUACUCCACCAGAAAUUUAACUCUUGAUGUCUAUUUACCGAUCCCGUCCACUGAGUUAUACUGUAACAUCUUUCCCCAAGUUCAGUAAAAUGACCAAAAAAGCCUAUCGAUCUGAAAAACCAUAGUAUUCGGGAGAAGAGUUUCUAAUAACUAAGAAAGUACAUUUUUUACCCCUAUGUACAAGUAACUGAAGUAUUUUUAUCUAUAUUUGGAUGUGAUACGGAGAACUUAUUAGUACCUAAGGUAGUAUUAUGCAAUUUGAAAUUUAAAUAAAUUUUGCAUAGAUUGUUUUUGUUUUAGUUUAUUAUCGUUUAUUUUGUAAUAUUGACGAUUUAGGUAAUUUCACUAAACUGUAUUUGUUGUUUUUUUCCUUCUCUUUGUAAUCUUUGUUCAGAAAAUUGUAAAACUUUCAGUGAUAAUAAAGUAUAUUUCUAUUCUAACCUAUACAAGCGUUUUUGCUGCUUUUGGUAAACAUUGUUUUAGCACUAGUCCAUAUCAGUCGUGGAAAAGGGCCCCGCGACAAACUUUGAUAGGAGACCCCUGUGGGGCUAGCUACGCCACUGCAUUUCCUUCAAAUUUAAUAACUACUGCCAAAUAUGGAGGUGGACUCUUUUCUUUGGGCCACACUGUAUAUUUGCAGCUUUUACACUUUUACAACUGACCAUUACAUAUAACAACGUAAAUCAUCAAACAUCAUCAACGUGUAUACCAUCAAACAUUGGCUAAGAUAAUUUGAUAACAGAUAAACGAAUAUUUAUACUUUAAUAAAUUUAGAAAUAUAUUCUUUAAAAACAUCCAACUAAAAAAUUCAUGCUUUAUAAUUAUAUUCUUCCUUUUGGUUUUUGUUU